AUGACGGCAUCUGGGAAGCCCCUUGUGGUCAUUGACGAGAGUCACCAUGCCGGCAUUGUCAUUGUUGUUGGGACUUUGGCCCUGAUAAUGACAUUGAUCUGCUUGGCUAUCCGUGUGUAUGUCAGAACAAUACUGAGCCCGGGGUUUGGCCGUGAUGAUUAUCUAUUGUUUGUUGCUACGACUUUCGCCAUUAUUCAGACCUCACUCGUCAUGUCAAACUCUGCCAAAGGAUUCGGGACAUCUAUAGGGCUUCUUUCUUCGGAUCAGGUGGUGAACGUUCAACGGACAACAGCUGCUACAGAUACUUUGUUUUUGAUCACCGUCUUUCUGUCCAAGUGCUGUGUGCUUGCCAUGCUCUCGCGGUUGACUCCCCAGCGCGUUCACCACUUCAUUCUCUACGGAAUACUUGGCUUGAGUAUCUGUUGGGUUUUCUCUUCAAUCCUGAUCAUCCUUGUUAACUGCGAAUUGAACAAACCAUGGGCAAGACCUAUUGACCACUGCACUGGAUUGUUCCAAAAAUGGGAAUACAUCGGUGCAAUGGACAGCAUCAUUGAGCUCAUGCUCUUCCUAUUCUCGAUCCUUCUCGUCAAAAGCCUGCAAAUGCCAACAUCUCGAAAAGUCAUCGUCCUCUCUUCUUUCGCCGUUCGUUUACCACUCAUUGUAUUCACCUCUCUACAUCUAUACCAUCUCAAGAACUAUGCCUACUCCACGAACCCAACCCUAGACAUCAUCGACAGCUACGUCUGGACCCAAAUGGGCAUGAACUACGCCCUCAUCGUAUGCACCUCCUUCUGCCUCGCCCCCUUCAUGCGCGCCAUCAGUGUCACCUACGGCAACGCAGGGGAAGUCACCCUCGGCACCAGCAGCGCUAGAUCCAAGUCAGGGAAAUACGCCCGGGAUGUAUCGAAACAAUCACAGAGCUAUGCCUUGCAGUCGAUGGAUAACCAGGAUGAGGCUGGUCACGGCUUGAACAACCCACGACACUCGCAGCCGACGUUUGUGCCGGAGCAAUCCGCCGGAAGUUUCAAUGCCACUGCUUACGAUGGCAGUAGUCGAACGGAUGGGGAUAGCGUGGCUAGUUCGGAGAGUACGAAGAUGAUUAUUAAGAAAGAUGUCGAGGUCACUGUUACUCAUGAGCCGAGGUAG